AUGGUGGACGACGAGGACGAGGACGAGGGUCCAUCGACCUCGUCCUCGCGCCCGGUCGUGAUCUCCUCAAACGUCAUACGCGCCCUCACCGCGGUCGUGGGGCGCCAGACGGACGAACAGAGGAGUAAUCCCACGGCGUUGGCGCGCGCGCGGGACACCUUGGAGCGCGCGUUGGUGGAUGCGUUCGGUGAUGGGUUCGAGAUCGAGAGCGAGCGCGACGGUCGAACAUGUGUAGAGACGAUCGCUGGCGUGCUCACGCUGCCGAGACGAGGAGCACACGAGGGGGUGACCACGGAGGCCGUGCGGGCGCUGCGCUCGGCGUGCGCUUUAGGCGCGUCGGGGACGCGAGACGCCCUGCGGAAAACGGAGACGGCGCCCACGCUCGGGUUCGUCAUGUCGACGCUCAUAUCGAUCGCACACGAGGAGACGAUGUCGGGGAGCAAAGCCCUGCGCGCGAUCGCGCUGGAGACGCUGGAUGGACUGAUACGAACGGUGAACGAUGCGGACGCGCUCGCUUUUUUUCUUCCGGGAGUCGUCUCGGGUCUGACCAAAGCGCUCGCAGCAGCGAGCGGCGUUCGCCCGAACGUUGGUGCGGGACCGGGCGGGGCGGGGUCGGAAGGCGUGGAGUACGCCCUGAGCUCCUUGGGGUCGAUUCUAACGUGCGUGCUGAACGAUUCUCUGUACGAUGAGUUCAGCGAUUUGGAUGCGAGCGCAAAUUUACACGUCGUGUCUCUGGCCGACAUCGUGAAAAAAUCGACGCAAAAUGGCAAUCAGAAAAUUGUGAAAAAUCAUGAUGUCAAAGUUUCGAGAGAAGACGAGCCACCACCUCACGUCGAGAGCUCUGAAAGAGAUUUUAGAGUGAUUCGGCACGGUGAGUGGUUGCGCAACGCUGCAUUGCGAGUUGAAGCUGCGGUGCUGAUGACGAUUCCUCCACUCGUCCGUAACGAGCGUGCCUCUGUCAGACUACAAAGCGCGAAAACAGCCGCUCGAAUCAUUCAGAAUUGUUCACACGUUCUGGGGAAGAAGGUUCGACGUCGGAUGAUGGAGUGCGUGCUGACGGCGGCGGGAGAUGACUGGCCUCAAGUCUCAAAACCCAUCAUGGACGAACUGAAAUCUCUUGAUUCUCUCGGUCGCGUCUUUCGAGAGGAUCUCGAAGCCAUAGUGAAGGAGGAUUUGUUUAAAUUUGCGGAUACGCUACGCGAUUCAUGUGCUCCGGCAGCCGCUGGACACGUUCGAUGUCUACUCAUUGCGCUCGAUUUCAUGGGUCCCGUGCGAGUGAAGGAAAUACUCCUCGAGAAUCUAACUUUCAGAGAGCUGCUGUGUUCUACAAUCGUUGAGUGCCUCCUAAUUGAAAAUCAUACUUCGAAAAGAAUUCGAGCGGGGCAAUCUUUGCGGUUGAUAGACUUGAGUGAAGCAAGCGUGCCCACUGCGAGAACGCUUCCUCGGAAGCCAACACGGUUGCAGUACUUUGCCGUAUCAGGCGUUUACGAGGACUUUGCUAAAGUGUUGAGAUUGCUCGGAGCAGCGUCAGCAAUUACGACGGACGUUUCGCCUGAGGCGUACCUCGUUCCAACCGCUCAGUUCUUCUUGAACAGCUUGAGAGAUAACGGAGAGCAGCUUUGUGCGCUUGCAACCACGGGUAUGUGGCAACGAAACGCCACUGCACACAUCGUCGCUCUGAAUGAAAUGAUGUAUGGUGCCAUCAACGAGAAAAAAGUCGACAAAAAGUAUCUUGUUCAAUUUUGCGGUCUGGUCGUCGAAGAAUAUGCGUGCAGUCAAGUCUGGGACAUCGACACGAUGGACCAGGAUAAUGCUCUUCUGCUUUGCCAGUUGAUGGAGGGAUUUGGAAUAGUCGGUGAGGCUCUUGGCGCGGAUUACAUUCGAAACACUUCGCUCUUGGCUACCGUACUUUGCCCGUUGCUCGAUAAGCUUGGCGACGAUUCUACGGCGGUGCGAGACACCGCGGCACUUGUCUUGCUCACUCUGGCUCGAAGCGGUGAGUAUGACUAUGUCAAUGCAGAUCAUUCAGCGAUCGGAAAUCUGGUCAUCGCGAACGCAGAUUACGUCAUUGACAUGGUAUCUAGACAGAUGCGUCACAUGGACACGCAUCAUCGCGCUCCUCGUCUGUUUGCAGCGUUACUGAGGAGGACUGAUGCGGCAAAGAGCAUGGUGAAGCUCCUCGCAGAACCAGUUCAACUGGCGGCACGGACUUUCUUAAUUUCGAAUCGAGAACGAACCCAGUCGUACGCCGAGGGAUUUUUAGUCGCCAUGAAAGAGUACUGCUCUGCAGUUUUGCUAGAAGUACGAGAUAUCGAGAAAUGUUCUCGCAACGUUGUGGAACGACUGCAGAUUUAUCACCCAGAAGAGCCAGACAGUGACGACGAGCUCUCAGAAGUGUUUGUGGAGCAAAUUCAAAAAGUACUUCCAGACGAUCUUGAAUCGACGCAGUCGAGUUCACUAGAACGCGUUCGUCGAAUCCAAUCUAUGGUUUGUUGCGCAUCGGAGUUACUGCGAUGCAUCAGUGCAAUACUGGAAUCCCCUGACACUGGAAAUCGAAGCCUGGCCGCUUUGGCUUGUGGACUCGGCAUCGAGAGCUUGGCUGCCGCCGAAUCAGCUUUGCGACAUGAGAAAUACAUCUUAAAGGUACUCAAAGCCUACGGUGGCAAAGGUUCACUACCUUUUGACAUUGCCGAACUCUACAAAGAAGCACGUGUUCUGCCGCAUGUGCACAACAUUUGGCCUCACGUCGUGUUAUCACUGAGCAGUCGGUAUCAACUCUCCACUCAGUUUGAAGCAUUCGAGGCGAGUUUGAAGCUUGUACACACGCUCGCAUUCACCAGUGGUGGAGAGUUUAUUGCGAAGCGCACGCAUGCAGAAUUAUGGCCGAUUUUUGCACGGAUACUCACGCACGGGGUUCGUCACUCUGAUAAUCGACACCGUUCACUUGACCUCCUCACAAUUGCCGAUACGGUUGACACUGAUUUCAUUCCCGAUCACGAAGUCGCGUUUGAGCUGACAAAAAACGUUCGCAUCUCAAUUUGUCGAACGCUGGAGACCAUCGCCGCGUCAGAGAAUUCAAGAGACGCAUUGCGAGACUUGGUUGCAGAGUCUGUGCCUAUCAUCGCAAAGCUAGCCGUCGAGGGUGACAGCGCACUACGAUCAGCCGCGUCGAGGACUAUUCGCGCGUUUGCAAACGUUAAUGGUGACGAGGUCUGGUUGUAUCUAGUCAAAACAAUCGCUCGCGCGGGUGCGUGCAUCGAAGUGCCCACUCCCACGUGGGGACCAGGGCGAGCCGGAGCGCACGUGCUGCCCAGUGUGUCUGAGAUUGUUCCAAGGUACCGGACGAAUGCCGAAAAACGACAAAGCGGCGAGCUACAAUUCGCCCUCAGUACUCUGAACUCCUUAGCGUUAUAG